CCCACGCUGUCAGUGAGUGUCCACUUGGGUUCCUCCACCCCGCGCGUCUCCCGCGCCAUGGCCGUCCCACCGCAGCUGAAGGCUCUCCUCCUGGCGAUAAACGCACUGCUGCGCAAGCGCCGCUACCACGCUGCGUUAGCCAUGCUUAAGGGCUUCCGGAACGGGGCCGUCUAUGGAGCCAAAAUCCGGGCCCCUCAUGCUCUGGUCAUGACAUUUCUCUUCAGGAGUGGCAGCCUCCGAGAGAAGCUGCGGGCCAUUUUGCAGGCCACCUACACCCACUCCUGGAACCUGUCCCGCUUCGUGUUCAUCUACAAGGGUCUCUGCACCCUGCAGGCCCACCUGCAAGGCCAGACCCACCAGGCACACUCCUUCCUGGCUGCCUGCCUCGGGGGAAUCCUGGUGUUCAGGGAGAACAACAAUAUCAACAGCCAGAUCAACAUGUACCUGACAUCACGCGCCCUGUUUGCUUUGUGCCGCCUGGGCCUGGAGAAGGGCUACAUCCCUGAGCCCAGGUGGAACGUGUUCCCCGCAUACACCGGGUUGGUUUGGGGAAUUGUGCUGUGGCUCUUCGAGUACCACCGGCACACGCUGCAGCCCUCACUGCAGUCCUCCAUGACCUACCUCUACAAGGACAGCAACGAGUGGCACGGCAUCUCAGACUUCCUCAUCUACAACAAGAGCCGCCCUUCCAAGUAACGCAGGCAGAGGUGCCUCGCAAGCCCCUCCACCCCAACAGGCUCUGGGCAGUGUCCAGCUAUUGUUUGAAGUCUGGCUCCACGUGCAAACCCUCCCAGAAGAUGCUGCCUUCUCAGAGUCAUGGGCCUUACACUCCUGUCGCAUCAGCCCAGGGUUCCACUUGCCGAAGUAAAAGCACUGAUGUUCCCAGUAGGUAUUUUUGAAUGGUACAAAAAGUGGUGGAAUCCGCCUGAGGAGUCUUGGGCUUGGUUCCAGAUGUGCUGCUGACUUGGGCGAAACCAGGGUGACCUGUUCUGGGCCUCAGGGGUCAUGGAGCCUGAGGAAUACCCUUGGAGGAGUCAUUCUGGUGGUGUGUUGGGUCUUUCACUGUCCUUAGGUAAUACAGGUCUCCUUGCUGAUCGGCUGUGGGUUGCAAAUGCUUAAAAAAAUUAAGUUCCUUGGCUCAUGUGUUAUAUUGAAGAAGUUCUAGAACCUCGCUGUCUAAAAGAAACACAACAAGAGCCAUAUAUGUAUAAUUAACAUUUCUCCAGGGCUGGGGCCAUGUAGCUCAAUAGUAGAGCACUUUUCUACUGUGUGCUAGACCCUAGGUUCCAUUACCAUCACUGGAACAAAAAGCAAAAACAAAUGACAUUAAUGUUAAUUACAUAUUUUAACCUGAUAUUUUGAGAUUAUUGUUACUUAACGUAUGAUUAACAUAGAAAUUAAUUAAGAGUUUGAGUCCUUGCUCAAUGUGUAACUUUGGAGGUAGGUCAGAGCCUCAGUUUCUCAUAAGAUCAGGAUAAUUAUAUGUCCACACUGGACUCUUACAACUGCAAUUACUGCCACUACCGCUAAUUACUCCAAUUUAGGGAGUUCCUUCUACCUCCUGGGUGCUUUAAUCUGUACAAUGACUAUACAAGUAUGCGUGUGGAUCCCCGUUUUAUUUUUAUUCCCAAUUUAAAGAUGUAGAAACUGAGGGGUCAGAGAAGGGAGGUAUGAUAGCUAAAUCAGUGUUUGACUCAGCUGUGUCUUAUUUCCAAGCUCAUGUUUUUUUCAGUGCCUUCUUUUAAAUUUUAAAACCUAACCCCUACUAUGCAAAUGUAAGCUACUUGCAGGAUCUGACCUGGAGAGGGACACAAAGGCAAAUGCCUGCAGGGACAAAAGUGGAAAUGCCAGAGUGCUAGGCAGUCAGGGGUGACAGGACAUAGGGGACUGGAGGCUGGUGGAGCCGUCUGUCAGGUGUUCUGAAGCCACUGUGAGGGACAGAUCUGUUCCCCAGGAAAUUUGGUCCAAGUUGGGAUUCAGUCUAGGAGGAAUACUUCCGUUAAUAUACAUUCCCCAAGGAAGCUGAGGCAGGAAACUUGGAACUUCAAGUCUCAUCUGUACAGUUUAGUGAGACUGUAUUUCUUUUUUUAUUGGUUCCAAACUCAGGACUUUGUGCUUGCCAGGCAGGCACUGUGCUACUAAGCUCUAUCCCUGGCCUCCAUAAAUUUGUUUCUAAAAGGUUGGUUAGGCUGGGAAUGUAACUCAAGGAUAGAGCAUCCCUAGUUUUGAUCCCCAGUACCGCUUCCCCCAAAAUUAUAUAUAUGUAUCUCCCUGGAAACCAGAAGCAGGGUGUCAUGCUUGUAAACUCAUCUACUUUGGAGGCUGAGACCAGAGGAUCAUAUAUUUGAGGCCAGUCUGGGGAUGGAUACAUAUCCAUGGAAUAAUAUAUAUAUUAUUUAUCCAAUCUGUUUCUUUUUCUAGCUGAGAAGUUAGUAGUAGACAUGCACAUUGGAGUUGCUGAAGGACUUAUUAAAAUGCCGAUUCUGAUCCAGAAGGCCUGAGGUGAGGCCCAGAGGCUUGGGCUGGGCUGCUCCCAGAUUAGCCCCACCUUGAGCAAUGAGAUGUGGCCAACCAUUGUUUCCCCAUGUGACCAGUGUGUCCUGGAGCUGUUGAUGGUUGAGUGGGAUUACAUCUGAUUUAUCAGCAGGGCUCUCAGUCACAACAGUUUACUACAAACUUAGAGUAGGUGAUUUUGGAGAUCUUUACACUCACUCUGGACAUUGCGGGGAGGGAAGAGGUUGCCCAUCACCCCUGUACCGUACCCAGCCUCUGUGCCCUCUAAUUUAACACCCUGUGCAUACUGGCAAUUUCUCCAGUGCCACCCACUGUGUCUUCCUGCCUGAAGCAGGGGCACUGCUUGCCCCUGGUGCCUGCUUUGCCACCCUGCAGGUUUAAGGUGCUGGGGGAUUAACUCACCCCUUGGAGCAGCCCUCAGACAAGGACCAAUCAAUAACACAGAUAACCCUAAGGUGUUCCUGCUCACUGGGGCUGAGAACACGCCCUCCCCAUUCUCCCUGCCUCACUCCCCUGCCAGUGCCUCCUGGGACCACUAAUCACAUAAACUACUUGCACUCAAAUCCUCCUUUUCGCAUCUGCUGUUGGGGGAAUCCAAACUACAAUCAGUCUGCUACAGCAGGAUAAGAAGCUGUGACAUGUGGUUUGUUAGGGACGUGGGCUUUAGAAUCGGCAUGCUUGGGCUCAAGGCCUGGCCCCUCAGUUUCCCUGGAUAAGUGACUUACCUGUUUUCUGCGUACUCAUCUGUAAAAUGGGUAUUGUAAUAGAACACACCUCACAAGGGUGGGAGGAUUAAAUAGUACAACACAUAAAGUGUGCAGUGGUAAAUGUUGCUCAAAUGUACACUGGGAGUUCCCAUGUGCUCCUGGGAACUCGGGACACCCUUCUCUUGGCCUGUCUGGCCCCAUAGUUGAAGGUAAAGCCCUGGCCUCCUGCCCUCUCAAAGGCCCUCCUCUGCUGCCCAGGCUUGGCUGGCUCUACCGCUGACUGUCUCUGCUCUCUAAGAAUAGGUUUCCCUCACAGAUGGCAUCUCUCAGAAUCCUGCCAGAGCAUCUGGUGCCUCCAACUGCACACUCCAGGGAGGAAGGCGGGAUGGUCCCUGCUGAGGAGCAGGGCUCCCGCCUCCUUCCUAGCCGAGCCUCCAUUUGCUACGAUCUGUGGAACAGGAAUUACCAAAGGGCCCUUGGCACACUGUAGCCUCUAUAGUCCCUGAAUGCUAGUUUCAAAAACCGAAUAACGGUUUAAAUUUAACCUGUAUUUAUUAAGCACCUGCGACAUUCAUAUUGUCUUUUAACAUGCAUGAAUAAAAAAAUCAUUUUAAAUCACUAAUAUAUGUACUUAGUACAAAACUCAAAUGGUAUAAAAGGGCAUGAUAAGGGAAAAAUCAGGUUUUUCUCUCCUGUACCUAGGCUCUACCCACCCCUUGCCAGGGACACCUUGGUUGCACUUUCUAGCACUGCACAGCAAUGCCUUCCUCUGGUAAGAAACUUGGCCUUGCAACAACAUCACCUCAGCUCUUUAGCAUUUCCUCCUUGUCCUCUGCAUUUGGUUUCCCUUUGAUUAAUAAUGCAAAUAAAAGUGAGUCUCUCAGCCCAAGUAGCUUCCACCCUCAAUCCAGCCUCCGGAGUAGUCCGGGAAAGUCCUCACUGCCAGCAGUGGAACAGCGAGCCGCCCUAGGUGUCCUGAGCCUGUGGCAUAUGAUGUCCUGUGCACAGGGCCCCAGAACUCCAAGUGAAGGUGGUGGACGACAAAAGGGAAGUUUAUUUGGGCUCUUUUGCUCGGCUCCCAAAUUAGAGAUCGGUAAGGAAGCCCACGGGAGAGGCGAUGAGUCACGGGCUGAGCCGCCAAGACAACGCGGAGUCUGAUGCUGCCACUGGGCGCCCACACACAGGCCCUGCAGAGGGGCAGUGCCACGUCGCAGCUUUUACAGCUAUGCGAGCGCCCAUCGGGCUUGCGCGAAAGAGGCUCCGCGGCACCCUCCUCAGACACAAGCUGUGGCUUCAGAUGGUCGCUCUGACAAAGGAGCGAGCGUUUAUAAAAAGAAAUGUUAUUUUCUUCUUCCCUUGUCUCAUUGGAGACUCUCAGGGAAAGAAAGUCCUCUUCAGCCUGGAGGGGCGUUUCUGAGAGGGUUUUAAGCGAAGGGCCCAGGUGGAGCACAAAGGAGGGCUUAGUGCUAAACUUCGGUCUGAGAAGCAGCAGCUCCCUGUGCUCUGUACCAGCCUCUGUGCUGUAAGCUGCUGUGGAUAUCAUGAUGUAAUAACCAAGAAGAGAUCCAGGCGCUGGCUGGAAAUCCUAUUCUCAGUGCUCUUCUGAGCUCCUCACUCUGGCCCUUCCCAGAGUGCUGGCCAGACCUCAUCAGGUUUUUCAAGACUUUUUUUUUUACACAGGGUCUCACUAUGUAGUUCAGGCUGGCCUGGACUCACUAUGUAAUUUAGGCUGCCUACAAACUCGAGGUGAUCCUCCUGCCUCAGCCUCCUAAGCACUGAGAUUAGGGAUAUACACUAGCACACCCAGCUGACCUUUUACUUUUUAUCACACUGUACAGACUGGUCUUAAAAUCAUGCUGGCCAUACUAGCCUCAAAUUUUGGGCAAUCCUCCUGCCCCAGCAUCCCAAAUGCUGGAAUUACAGGCCCAGUUUGAGACACUUCUAAGUAUCUUUGCUUGUGUGUGUGAGAUGGACCCCUCCGGCAUCUGGAGAUUUUCAACUGUUUUCAGUGUGCAGUUUCCAAAGCACAUUCAAUAAAAUACAUAGGAUUAGAAAGGAGAUCUAAUAUAAUGAGUACUGACCUAGUCACCGAAACAGAUUGUGAGUAUGUAUGUGGUGCUAGCUUCUAGGCAAGUGUUCUACCACUGAGUUAUACCCUCUCCCUUCAAAAUAUUUUUAAAUCUGUGAUUUAGGGAUUUAGUAUAUGCUUUCUUUUUUUAAAAUAGGGUGUGGUAGCUCACACUAGUAAUCUCAGAACUCAGAAGGCCAAGGCAGGAGAAUUGCUGUGAGUUUGAGGCCAGCCUGGGAGAGAGUUCAAGGCUAGCCUGAACUACAUAGUGAUACCCUGUCUCAAAAAAAUCUAAUUUAAAAAGGAACAUAUAGGGGCUGGAGAUUUAGCUCAGCGGCAUAAGCACCUGCCUUGUAAGCAGGCAGUCGUGAGUUCGAUCCCUGGUACCGAUAAAAAACGAAAAAGCCAAAAAAUAAAUAAAUAAAUAAAUAAAUAAAAAAUAAAAAGGAACAUAUGUUCUUUUUAAAAAAUAAUUAAAUAAAAGAUUUAGGGGCAGAUCCCAAACUGCCAUGAUUUCAAAAAUUUGAUAAGCAUCAAUAAUACCUCAAAAUCCCUGCAGUGGCUGUGACCUGUAUGGAAUCAACUGUGAUUUCUAGUGAUAAUAAAGGCCCAGGAACACUUAACAGUCCUCUGAGUCUGUCUUAAAUUCAAAAUUGAAGAAAAUACAAUAUUAUAGAGGCUAAUGCUGAGAGUGGUGGCACACGCCUGUAAUCCCAGCACUCAGGAGGCUGAGGCCGGAGGAUUGCCAUGAGUUCCAGGCUAGCCCAGGCCUCAUAAUGAAUUCGAGGCAAGCCUGGAUUACUAGACUAGCAAGACUUUGUCUCAAAAAUAUACAUAUAUAUAGUGAAAAUAAAAAUGUAAUUUCCUCUUGAGUUUAUGAAUUUGGGGUUCAUGGAUGUAUAAUCAACCACAGCUGGACCCAGCAGCUGUCAUUGUUUACCAUGCUUUAAGAACAGGAAUAAAAAACAAUAGUUCACA